GCGCGCGGGGAACCGACGGCUGCGGGUUCCGAACCCCGGGUUUGAAGCGGCUGAAUCUGUCGGGGCCGGCGGGGUCCCAACGCCCCCCCUUCGCGCUGUGGUUUCAAUGGCCAAACGUCUAGGACCCUACCUGCUCCUCUCCCCCUGCAUUGGGCUUGUCCCAAUCACCCCCUGGCAAAUCCAGCCUCGCGCCGGGGCCCGUGAUACAUGGCUGGGGCCCUGGGCGCUUGCAGUGGAUGUCAUUACCGCAGCUGCCCUGCUAGCUGGAGCUCUGCUCUGACCCGUCUAGUAUCCUGCCCGCCACAGCGGACGGACGGCUUGCGAGGAGCCCUGCCGCAGGCCUGGGAUAACCUGCGCCCAGUGACGGUUCUUCCUGGCUGCUCUCUCCCCCAUUUCGAGGUUGGCUUCUGCCAUAAAGCGGGUUCUGGCAGAGGAGGAUGGGGUGCCCAUAACCAGAGAUACACCAAUGUUGUCCAGCCUUCUAACUUUUCUAAACCCACUACAUGGGGUAGCAGCAGAGAUGAUGGAAAGGCAUUUUUUGGACCCUCUAUUGACUCUGGAGCACCAGGCAGUGGCAAUAAAAGUCCAGGAUUUUCUCAAAACAGAUUCUCUGCGUUAAGCUCUGAGCAAAAUAUUGGCAGUAGCUACAGAGAUGAAGAGGAGAAGCUUCUUGAAGGCAUAAAAAAGGACAUGGAAGUCUGGGAAUCUUCAGGACAGUGGAUGUUCUCCUGUUACUCACCUAUGAAAGAAAAGCCUAACAUCUCAGGUUUUCCAGACUUCUCACCAGAAGAGUUGCAUCUUGAAUACUAUAACUGCAGAGCAAACAAUAAUAUUCAGAACUAUAUAAAUUCAGUCCAGCAAUUAGUAAACCAAUGGAGAAGUAGAUUGCUUGUGUUGAAGACUCUGAAUACAUCUACCAAAGCUGCACUGGUAUCUGAACUGAAAAAUGUGGUUAGUCAACCAUUGCCUGCCUUUGGAUUUGGUGGACAACAAACAUCAACCUUUGGGUCAUCAGGCUUUCCACUAAGCAGUAGCAGCAAUAGGAGUGCCAGCAGUUCCUCCUUUAAAUCAAAUACUGAACUUGUCAGUCCAUCCUCUGGAAGCACCACUCCAUUUGGAAGCUCUUCUAUGGUUCCGGACCCUUCAGCAUUGGGUGUGACAUCUUCCGCAAGAUCAGCCCCUUCCACUGGCUUUGGUAGCCAACCAGCUUCAUCUGCAGCCUCUUUUUCAUUUAAAAAGCCUGAAACUGCGGGUGGUUUUGGAGCUUCUGGAUUUUCAGGGUUUGGCAGUUCGUCUGCUGUAAACUUGUCAAGCACAACUUCGCUUCCAGCCUUUGGAGCUGUUAAUGCAGCAGUUGCUGCCCCUGCCUCAGAACCAGGUAACUCUUUAUUUGGACGGUCCGUUAAUGCCUUUGGAUAUAAUGUAGCACCAGCACCUCCUGCAGCCACAAGCAUUGUUACCUCAGAUAAGUUAUUCACACCGAAGAAUGAUCUAUCACCUGAAGAGUUGAAGCAGUUUGAAGCAAAGAAGUUUACUCUAGGAAAAAUUCCUCUAAAGCCACCACCAAUAGAACUUUUAAAUGUUUGAAACUAUAACAUGUACAGUAAGCAAAUUCUGAAAUUAAACUUUUACAGAAUGUUUUU